ACCAUGACGUCAGAUCAUCACAGGUCGGCCUCCUGCACCGUCAAGUAUCACAGCCAUGACCACUCCCAAAUAAAACCCUCCACAAAGCUGCAAGUUUCAGGAUAAAGACGCAGAAACUAGUUGUCAGAGAUAAACCUGCAGAGAAACACGUGUCCUGAGCAACACUCACUUCACUGAGCCCUGGACAGGAGACGAGUUUAAACUGGGCUCCAGGUGGAUCACACCUCCUCUGCUGCUGCUGCGCACACCUCGUCCUCUCCACCUGAGAUGCGCCGUAACCGCGAGGCCAAACCGACCGGGCCUCAUUCCUGAAGUCACAUCAUCACAGUCGCAUGGACUCAUCACCACCCCACUCCAAGACAAACCACAUUCAAAUCCUCAGCUCUAAACAUAGCUGCUCUGCGCCCUUUGCUUCUGCUCACAUCCAGGAACAGUUCAUAGCAGAUCUGUAGGAUGGUGCCGUGGAACCACGGGCACGUCACAGUAAAGGACAACGUUUGAUUUCUGUGGACACCAGAGCAAAACAGCUGAACAAUGAGGGACAGACUGAGCCACCUGCAGGAGGUGUCCAAUGGCUACGUGGAGCAGAUGGAGUACGAGGAGUCCACUGUCUCUGAGACCUUUAGCAACGUGGACCUGGAGGAGAUGACCCACGAGGCGGUGGUGUUCGACAACAGCCCUGAUCUGGUGGAGGUCUUUUCCCAGUCGCAAGAAAUCCACAAAGAGGUCCAACUCAUCCGCCUGGAGGUUAAAAGGCUCCGUGAGCAUAACUCCCGCGUGCUCCAUGGCACCACCAACAUGAGCACCAUCAAAAGGGACUCCAACGCCAUCGGUGCUGAUAUAAAAUCCCGGGCUGAGAAUGUUCUAGCUCAGCUGCGGGAAAUGGACAGCAGAGCCCAGAAGCUGGAAGAAGCACAUGGGUCAAAUUCUGCCAUCCCGCGCAUUGCCAGAACCCAGUAUGCCUGCCUCAGCAACGGUUUCCGCGAUGCCAUGUUUGACUAUAAUGAGGCUGAGAUGAGCCACAGGGAGAACUGUAAGAUCCAGAUCCAAAGGCAGAUGGAGAUCGUGGGACGUGAGGUGACAGGAGAGCAGGUGGAGGAGAUUAUUGAGACGGGCCAGUGGAACGUCUUCACCGACAACAUUGUCUCUGAGGGUAAAACUGCUCGGUCGGCCCUGUCUCAGAUUGAGAAACGUCACCAGGAGCUGGUGGACCUGGAGACCCGCAUCCAGAGCAUCCAUGAUAUUUUCCUGGACAUUGCCUUGCUGGUGGAGGAGCAGGGGCCCAUGCUGAACGCCAUCCAAACUAACGUGCAGAAAACUGAUGAAAACAUAAAGGAAGUCCUCGUCAAACUCGGCAGGGCCAAGCGCCAUGACAAGAACAACCCGUUCAAAAAGAUGUUUUGCAGCUGUUUCCCAUGCGUCGACUAAUGACCUUACACAGACAGGUAGAGGGAUGGGAAAGAGCUGGACACUCAAAGAAAAGAGGGAAAUCCUAAUGCAAUUAAACAUGAGAUUUAAUGUCUGUAAUGUUUGUAUGAAAGGUUUGAGACGGAUAUCUCAAAUCAGAAUUAUCAUCCAAUCAUCGAUCAAUCAUGAGUCAAUUAUUGGGUUUAACCAGAGACAUUCAAAGAAACAUCAAGCUGAAAGAAAAUGUUUUAGAAAUUGUAAAAUGUAGUUGUUCUUGAUUUAGAUAGAUGUUUUAUUCAUUGCUAUAUACUUUAACUAUCAAAUUCAUGAAUUGCCACUCUGGAUCUUAUGUAGAGAUCACACUGUGAUGUAAUCUGCUACUUUUCAUUGCCUUUUAAUGACUUUAUAUCUUAUUUUGGUCUUCAUUCUCAUUGUCUUGUAUUUAACAUAAACAACUGUAUUAAAAUAUAACUUGUG